UGGGAGGCUGGCGAGGAGGGAUGCAGCCCAUCGCCGGGCGAGCUGCAAGGUGGGCAGCGGGAGCAGCGGCUCCGGGGAGGUUAUAAAAGGCAGGAGCUGGGGCGCUGAGCGGAGGGCACUCAAAAGGGACCCUCAGCUUCCUCAGGGACCCUCCGCGCUCCUGCGCCCGAAGCCCGGAGGAUUUUCCCCCCGACGGCAGAAGGAGCCCGGCGGGAGCGGGGCCGGUGCCAGCCAUGCCCCGCGGAGCUGGGCACAGGGGCAGCUAAGGAUGGUGCCCGGUCCACGUCCUGCCCUCCUCCUCCUCCUGCAGGCGUGUCUCCUCUGGGACAGCCGGGCUGCAGCCUCCAUCCAGGAGCAGUACUGUGAGAGCCUGGCACCUGCCACCAACCACAGCGGUCCCCAGUGCAAUGCCUCCGUGGAUCUGAUCGGCACGUGCUGGCCCCGCAGCGCCGUGGGACAGCUGGUGGCCCGGCCCUGCCCCGAGUUCUUCUACGGGGUGCGGUACAACACCACCAACAAUGGCUACAGGGAGUGCCUCUCCAACGGGAGCUGGGCAGCCCGGGUCAACUACUCCCAGUGCCAGGAGAUCCUCAGUGAAGAGAAGAAGAGCAAGCUGCACUACCACAUUGCUGUCAUCAUCAACUACCUGGGCCACUGUGUCUCGCUGGGGGCCCUCCUGGUGGCCUUUGUCCUCUUCAUGCGCCUCAGGAGCAUCCGGUGCCUGAGGAACAUCAUCCACUGGAACCUGAUCACGGCGUUCAUCCUGCGGAACGCCACGUGGUUCGUGGUGCAGCUCACCAUGAACCCGGAGGUGCACGAGAGCAACGUGGUCUGGUGCCGCCUGGUCACUGCUGCCUACAACUACUUCCACGUCACCAACUUCUUCUGGAUGUUUGGGGAGGGCUGUUACCUGCACACAGCCAUCGUGCUCACCUACUCCACCGACAAGCUGCGCAAGUGGAUGUUCAUCUGCAUCGGCUGGUGUAUCCCCUUCCCCAUCAUCGUGGCCUGGGCCAUUGGGAAGCUCUACUACGACAAUGAGAAGUGCUGGUUUGGGAAGCGAGCAGGAGUCUACACUGACUACAUUUACCAAGGCCCCAUGAUCCUGGUGCUGCUGAUCAACUUCAUCUUUCUGUUCAACAUCGUCCGAAUCCUCAUGACGAAGCUCCGAGCUUCCACCACCUCAGAGACCAUCCAGUACAGGAAAGCAGUCAAGGCCACGCUGGUGCUGCUGCCCUUGCUGGGAAUCACCUACAUGCUGUUCUUCGUCAACCCGGGGGAGGAUGAGAUCUCCAGGAUAGUCUUCAUCUACUUCAACUCCUUCCUGGAGUCCUUCCAGGGCUUCUUUGUCUCUGUCUUCUACUGCUUCCUGAACAGUGAGGUGCGCUCGGCCGUGCGGAAGCGCUGGCACCGCUGGCAGGACAAACACUCCAUCCGCGCCCGCGUGGCCCGGGCCAUGUCCAUCCCCACCUCCCCCACCCGAGUCAGCUUCCACAGCAUCAAGCAAUCCACGGCUGUGUGAGCCAGGAGAGCCCCAGGAGACGGCCUGCAGGGGCUGGGGGAGGUGAUGGCCCUGCCCUGAGGGGGCACAGCACAGGGGCAGGUCCUGCCCGCGACGCCCGGCCCCCGGGAGACCUGCACAGCUCCUGCCUGGACCUGCAGGGCAGCACAGCUGAGAGGCUGCUUGGUCAUCUCCCUGGCAUCGCUGUGACCUGCUGGGAUGGAAGAAGGAGCCAGAGGAAGCCUCCCUGCCUGCUCCAGCCCGGGCAUGAUGCCUCUCAUCACUGCCUGGCUUGAGUUUGUCACAGCUUUGAGCUGACGGGACACCAGGACACUGCUGGGACAGCUGAUGGGGCUAAUCCCUGGGAAGCUGGGUCAGCCCUUCCAGUGAGCACAUGCUGGGAUGCUGCUGGUGUGGGAAAACUCUCUGGAGGGGCCAAAGCCCUCUGCGUUGGCAGGGGGUGGUUGGAGAGCCCUGGACUGAUGGCAGACAUUGCUCUAUGUGGCUGUGUUUUUGUACCACUGGGGUCACUUGAGCUCUGAGGGGGCUCUCAGUUGAGCCCUGGGAUCAUCUCUUCCACUGGGAUAACUGGAGCCCUUCCCCUGCCCCGUGCUGGGUCCCCAGAUGUCCUGUACCUGCUGCUUGGUGUGACCAGGUCACUGCUCACCUUGACCGCAAGGAUGGGGGGUGGGAGAGGGGGGGGGAACCACACAGAGCACAGGGAUGUUGCCAGGGACUCUGAACAGCCCCCCAGAGGGGUUUGGGCUGAAGGGAGGCAUGAGAAUGAGGUGAUUGUGUGGUGUGGUGCAGCCCAGAGGGAUCCCCAGGUCCCUGCACAGCCCCUGCCCCUCGGGCUGACCCCGUGUCCCUGCUCGGGGCGCAGAGAGCUGGGGGAGCCCUGUGGUGGAGGGGUGGCUGAGGUCCCCAAAGGCAGCUACCCCAGGGACACGCUGUGGCUCUGCUCCCCUUCCCCCUACCCUGCUUCUCCCCGUGCCAGGUGGGCCCAGUGCCAAAGCUGCUCCUUGCUCUCGCACAGGGGAUGGCACCAAACCAUCCCCAGGCUGGGGUUAAGUGCCUUGGAGGAGCAGCAACCUCCUUCCCUCCCUCCUUCCCUCCCUCCAUCCCUCCCUCCAUCCCUGCCUCCCUCCCUUCCCACGCUGGAGACUCCAGAUUGUCCCUGAUCCCCCCUCCCCACUCCCUGUUCCAUGUGGUCACUGAAAGCAGCUGAGCAGAGAGGUCCAUGCAAGUGGAGGGGUUUGGGGUUUGCCUUGACCUCCUUGGAGCCACAUUUUCCUCGCCCCACAUGAGGCCUGGGGAUGCCUGGUUUGAGGGACAGAUGCCAGGAGGGCGUUAUGGGACCAGUCUGCUCUCUGCAUCCCAGGGAUUUUUCCAGUGGGGGCCCUACAGGAUGUGGUGGGAGCCCCUUCACACUUCUGUGCCUCAGUUUCCCCCCAAUAAAGAACAGGCCUAAGUGUGUCCUGCCCUGGGGAGAUUUAAGCAGCUUUGAAACCACAGUGCUCUGUGGUUUCCUCAGGAUACACCACCAGAAAGAAGGGAAAAUCUUUCCUUUAUUUUUUCUUUUUUUUUUCUUUAAAGGAAAGCAUAGGGAAAAAAAAACCUCUGGGUUCUUUCUUUAAACAUUUGAGAAAUUCAGGAGUCUGAAGCAAAUUCCUCACGUUUCCCUCCUGCUUUGGUUUCCCACCUGCAUGUCCCCAGUGCAGCUAAGACAGAAAUAUCCCAUUGCCCCCAGGGAUGCACUGGGAGAAGCAACAGCUCCCAGUAUGACCCAGUGACCACGUGAGGGCCACACCCUACACAUGGGGCUGGUUUUAGGCUUAGUGCAAGUUCAUCCAUCACCAACAGUCCCAGAAACUGCCCUUAAUCCAAUAUAUGGGUGAGAAAAAGACCCCCCAGAGUUAUGCAGUGGGGAAAACUGGCACCUCCCAGUUCUGCAGAUGCUCCUACAAGGAGUAGACUUGUGUCUUCUGUCCUGUCUUGGUUUCUCUGCCGGGUGCUCUGGCAGGUUAAUAAAGAUCUGCUGGAUCUGAAGAAGGGGAAAUGCCCCAGGGAGCUUUUUUUUCAUCAUCCCCACAAAUGAAAGUGCCAAAAAAAUUAUGUACUACGUGUUCAAUUUGGAUUUUCUAAAGCCAAGGUCUACAUUUGGGGGGGGAAAGAAGCUGGAAAUC